AUGUUUAAAGAAGAAGCCAAGAGAAGAUUUGAUAGGAGCUUUAAUCCUAUUAACUUGGAUUACAUAUUUGAAGGAGUUGAUCCAAUAAAUUUGGUCUCAGAUGAUGAUGAUGGUGGCGGCGGCGACAGUGAUGGCGAUGGCAGUGAUGGAAAUGAUGCUGGUGGCACCUAUAGAUAUCAAGCUCGACGUGAUGAUGGUGAUGGUGGAGACGCUUCUCACGGUGACGGCGGCGGCGAUAGUGGUGGCGGCAACAUUGGCAACGAUGGAAAUGAUGGUGGUGGCACCCAUAGAUAUCAAGCUCGACGCACUUCUCAAAGGUCAACUCCUAUUCCUACUCCAACUCAAAGUGACAUUAGUGGUGGUUUAGCACCAUUUGAUGGAGGAGGUGAUGAUGGUGACGGUGGAGGCGAUUCUCAUGGUGGCGGUAGUGGUGGCGAUACUAGUUUUGUCGGCGGCGGUGAUUGUGAUGGUACUAGUUUUGGUGUAAGAAGUGAAGAUUCAUUGGAGGAUUUGGAUUAUGCGAUGUUGGAGGGCAUUAUAAUGUUGGAGAACCUAUUGCACCUUCAUUGGAGGAUUUGGAUUAUGUGA